AUGGAACAUUCUGGAAAUGGAAAAGAAGCCAACGUGGUUGGAGUGGAAGAGGAGAGUGGAGAGGAGGGACAGGAAGCUGGAGGCAUCCAGAAACAGCGUCAACCACACCAACCCCUGCUACUGAUGAAGAUCUGCCCGUCACGUGUCUACACUACCCUGAACACUCGGCCCAUGUCAUCCUUCCAGCGAGCAUUCCAUCACAGAAGUAGUCUGGUUGUUCCCAUCAUCAGGAUUCCCAGUAGAAAUCAGUUACCAUGGUGCCUGGCACACAGGCAGCACCAAUACAAGGCAGGCCCUGUUGAUGUGCAGGGUUCCCCAGCAUGGGGCUUGAGGGCAGCUGCUGAAAUCCAGGGAGAGGUGCCAGGAGCAAGGGGCACUUGGGAGGCGGCCACUGAGGGGCUUCCCUUGGAUACGAACUCUGCUUUCCCACCAGAGGGGUUUGAGUUCUGGAGCUUGGACGUGAAUGGAGGCGAUGAGUGGAAGGUGGAGGAGCUCUCUGGAGACCAGAGGAAGGAAUUCCCCAAUGACCAGGUCAAGAAGUACUUCGUGACUUCUUAUUACACCUGCCUCAAGUCCCAGGUGGUGGACCUCAAGGCUGAAGGGUAUUGGGAGGAGCUGAUGGACACCACACGGCCAGACAUCGAGGUGAAGGACUGGUUCGCAGCCAGGCCAGACUGCGGGUCCAAGUACCAGCUGUGUGUUCAGCUCCUGUCGUCAGCGCAUGCGCCUCUGGGGACCUUCCAGCCAGACCCAGCAACCAUCCAGCAGAAGAGCGAUGCCAAGUGGAGGGAGGUCUCCCACACGUUCUCCAACUAUCCACCCGGCGUCCGCUACAUCUGGUUUCAGCACGGCGGCGUGGACACUCACUACUGGGCCGGCUGGUACGGCCCGAGGGUCACCAACAGCAGCAUCACCAUCGGGCCCCCACUGCCUUGAUGUCCCCGAGCCCCCAGCCACCUAACCCCAACUGAUAAACUGCUGUCAGAGAUGGGCUGGGCUUGGGAAGGGGAGGUAGAGGCCAGGCUCUCCCAGACUUCCUAGUUCAUCCUUGCCCCCCCGCCAGUUGUCUCUUCAUGGAGCCUCUUCGUUUGUACAGCCUUCAUAUGUUAUGGGUAGCUAGCUCUCCGCCCGGGGGUCUCAACCUGAAUGAGGGGGCCCCUGAGGUUGGGGGGGGUGCAUGGUGUUCCCCCAGGCUCCUCCCCCAGAUGCCUCUGAGGGAGGGUCUCCAAGCUCUGCUGGUAACCUAGAUCUAUGUGUCUACCUUCCCUUGCUGGGUCAUUUCUCACUGUCUUCUUUGAGGGCCCUCAGACUUGGGACAGUCAGGACAUCUGGCAAGCCUGUGGCUGCCCUGCAUAAUACAGAUGCUGGGCGAUGAUGUAGCUCAGACAGGUCUGGGAGUGGAAGGACGGCUCUGCUGGCCCAUCCUCUGCCCCAUUCUCUGCCACUCCCAGGCUUUCUCACUCUGUCCGCCUGUUUAGCGAGGUGGCUUUGGUCCAGAGGCUCAGGCCUGGUCUGAGAUAGGCAGGCCCAGGGUGGGGUGGGGUCCCGGCCAAAUCUGGACUCUCUUCACUGUCAGUGAAACCCCAGAAGCCACAUGUGUAUUAAGUGAGGGCAGGGCUGUCCAAAAGACCCUCCUGGAAUCCUGCACACGGCAACCCAGGGCAGGUGGGGGGCGGGAUUGGGCCCUGAGAGCUGGGAUGUGUGAGCCCUGGAUGAGUAGGAUGGGGGGGUGUUUUCAAGGACCACCUGUCCACCUCCAUGCCUAGGCCAGGCGCUCUGUGGCUUGGAGAGCAUUCCAGGCGCCCACCCUACCCUUGGAACUGCCAUUCCCAGGACCUCCCCGCCCUGUCGGACCACGUCCCUGCCUCUCCUUCCUGCUGGAAAGAGAGCAGUUCUCCUACCCCUGCUGCAUGUUGGCCAAAUAAAAGGUGUUCCCAGCCCAA